ACCCUGCUGUCUUUCCAGAAAAGCAGUGCUGCCCUCGUAGCCCCUGUGUCAGGACUGCUCAGGAAGGAACACACCGUGACAUCUCGCAGCAAUGUCUCUGUCGUUCGAGGGAAGAGUCGUGCUUGUCACCGGAGCCGGAGGAGGUCUUGGCAAAGAAUAUGCACUGAGUUUUGCUGAAAGAGGCGCCUUAGUAGUAGUGAAUGACCUUGGGACAGACACUAAAGGGGGUGGAAAGAGUUCUGCCGCUGCUGAUAAGGUGGUGGAGGAGAUAAGAGCGAAAGGAGGCAAGGCUGUGGCGAACUACGAUUCUGUCGAAGAUGGAGAGAAACUGGUUCAGGCAGUACUGGAUGCAUUUGGAAGAAUAGAUGUUGUUGUAAACAAUGCUGGGAUACUUCGUGACAGAUCAUUUGCCAGGACGAGUGAUUUGGACUGGGACUUGAUUCAGAGAAUUCACUUGAGAGGCUCCUUCCUGGUGACUCGAGCUGCUUGGAACCACAUGAAAAAUCAGAAGUUUGGCCGAAUCAUCAUGACGGCUUCAGCCGCAGGCAUCUAUGGCAACUUCGGCCAGGCUAACUACAGCGCUGCCAAGCUGGGCAUGCUGGGUCUGGCUAACACCUUGGCAAUCGAGGGAAGGAAGUACAACGUUUACUGCAACACCAUUGCUCCUGUUGCUGGGUCACGCCUCACAGAGACCGUCAUGCCCCCAGAUCUUGUGGCGGCGCUGAAGCCCGAGCAUGUUGCUCCUCUGGUCCUCUGGCUCUGUCAUGAGCAAUGCCAAGAAAAUGGAGGACUGUUUGAGGUUGGCGCGGGCUGGAUCGGUAAAUUGCGCUGGGAGCGUUCUCGGGGCCAGAUUGUGAGAAAAAAGAACAAGCCCAUGAGUCCUGAGGGCGUCAGGGACCAGUGGGACAAAAUCUGUGAUUUUACAGACGCCACCAAGCCUACUUCUGUACAAGAGUCUCUGCAGUCGAUAGUGGAGGUGCUGUCCAGCCUGGAGUCGGAGGAAGGAGUCGGUGCAAACUUGACAGCAGUCGCGGCCUCACCAACAUUGGGAUCAGGGGUUAAUCCUUCUGCGGCAGUGGGACAGAAACUUCCACCGUCCACGUUCCACUUCACCCACACCCAGUGCAUCCUCUACGCGUUGGGCGUCGGCAUGUCCACCAAGGACCCGGACCAUCUUCGGUUCCUGUACGAAGGCUCUGAGGACUUCAGCUGCCUCCCCACCUUCGGGGUCAUUGUUUCCCAGGCGUCCAUGAUGGACGGCAGCCUGGGCUCGGUGCCUGGACUCGACAUAGAUUUAACACGGGUAUUGCACGGAGAGCAGUAUCUGGAGCUUUACAAACCUCUGCCAACCUCAGGUUCUCUUACCUCUGAGGCCACCGUAGCAGACGUGUUGGACAAAGGAUCUGGUGCCGUCAUCCUCCUGGACGUGAACACCUACAGCGGCCGUGAGCUGGUGUGCUACAACCAGUUCUCGGUGUUCGUGGUCGGCGCUGGAGGCUUCGGAGGAAAGAGGACGUCUGAGAAAGCCAAAGCUCCUGUGCCGCCUCCUAAACGGGCACCAGAUGCUGUGGUGAUUGAUUCGACCACAAGAGACCAAGCUGCCUUGUACCGUUUGAGCGGAGACUGGAACCCUCUUCAUAUAGACCCCAGCUUUGCUGCCAUGGGAGGUUUCAAGGCUCCCAUCCUUCACGGCUUGUGCUCCUUCGGCUUCGCUGCGAGACACGUCCUCAAGCAGUUCGCCAACAACGACCCGUCCAGAUUCAAGGCGAUCAAGGUUCGCUUUGCGAAGCCGGUGAUGCCGGGUCAGUCGCUGCAGACCGAGAUGUGGAAGGAAGGCAACAGAAUUCACAUCCAGUGCAAAGUGAAGGAGACGGAUGCCGUCGUGUUAGCCGGGGCCUACGUGGAUUUACACGCAUCAGAAGCUUCUGCAGAAAAACCCACACAGGCGGGAGGCCUUCAGAGCGAGCUGGUGUUCGCAGAGAUCGGGCGCCGCGUUAAAGACAUGGGCUCUGAGUUGGUGAAGAAGGUGAACGCUGUGUUCAGCUGGGAGAUCACCAAGGAUGGCAAGAACGCUGCGCAGUGGACCAUUGAUCUGAAGAACGGCAGCGGCUCCGUGCACAGAGGACCUUUCAGCGGGAAGGCGGACGUGACCUUCACGGUGUCGGACGAAGACUUCAUGGAGGUGGUGCAGGGGAAAGUCAACCCUCAGAAGGCAUUCUUCGCUGGCAAGCUGAAGGUUAGAGGAAACAUCAUGCUGAGUCAGAAGCUGGAGGUCAUCCUGAAGGACCACGCCAAGCUGUGAGCUCCUCUGCCAACCAAUCGGACGACUUCAGGACCUAACCAGACUAUCGGCUCUCUCUCCGUCUGCCUACUUUUCUUGUGUAUGCUGACACACUUCUCCUCUCAAGGGAAACGCAUAAACAAUUCGCAGUAAGAUUAGCCGUGCUUCAGCAGCAGUUCAGCAACAUGGUCAGGUCUUCUUUCAGCAGCUUAAAUCAGAAUCCAGCCACUGGCUUGUCUUCCCCCUCGAGCAGGUCCAGGUGUACCAGAGACCACUGUAGGCGCAGAGUCCAAAAGAGAUUCCUUUGCUUGUGUAGAUUUAGAAACUUCUUGUUGCGUCUUGAGCUGUUUCCAUCAGGAAAAAUGAUACAACGAUCCAAAUAAGAAAUUAAUUGUUAUAGAUGAACCUGAAUGAAGUGCUAACAGUUAAAAUCUAAUCCGGUCUUUAAUGGUAGCUGGAGUCAGUGGUUUGUUUCACUAAUUCAAAGUCAGAAACAGUUUUAUGUGUCUGAUGCUGUAAUCAACGAGUUGCAGAGUAAAAACGGCUUUCUAUGGAUUUUUACUAAUGUAAUUGUCAUGAAGUUGCUCUUCUAUGAAAUAAAAAUCAAAGCAGUUUUCUGUUUCAUGCUUUAA